GUCAUCCGGGUAUUUCCGCGCACACGGAGACUGGAGGCGGGGGCGCGCGGAAGAGAGCGUCGUUCUGCGUGUCGUUCAUUCUUCACUGGAGCGCGGAAACGCGUCGAACGCGAGCGGAGCCGCAGAGAGGCGCGACAUGGAGGGACUGUUUCAUCAAUGGGGACCAUCACCGGUGUCCCAAGGUCACCCGUACGUGGAGAUAAUCGAGCAGCCGAAAGCGCGAGGGAUGCGUUUCCGCUAUAAAUGUGAGGGUCGAUCCGCCGGCAGCAUCCCAGGAGAGAAGAGCAACGACACCACCAAAACACACCCCGCCAUCAAGGUUCACAACUACAGCGGCCCGCUGAGAGUACGCAUCUCUCUGGUGACCAAGAACCAGCCCUACAAGCCUCAUCCACACGAGCUGGUGGGCAAAGACUGCAAGCACGGAUACUACGAGGCAGACCUGCAGGAGCGCCGGAUACACAGUUUCCAGAAUCUGGGUAUUCAGUGCGUGAAGAAGAAGGAUGUGGGAGACGCUGUUUCCUGUCGCCUGCAGACACAGAACAACCCCUACAAUAUCCCCGAGCCCAAGAUCUGGGAGGAGGAGUAUGAUCUGAACGCGGUGCGGCUCUGCUUCCAGGUGUCCAUCACGCUGCCCAGCGGAGAGCUCUACCUCCUGGAGCCCGUGGUCUCGCAGCCCAUCUAUGAUAACCGAGCGCCCAACACGGCCGAGCUCAAGAUCUGCCGGGUCAACAGGAACUCGGGCAGCUGCCGCGGAGGAGACGAGAUCUUCCUGCUGUGUGACAAAGUGCAGAAAGAGGACAUCGAGGUGCGCUUCUUCCAGGACUCGUGGGAGAGCAAGGGCUCGUUCUCUCAGGCCGAUGUUCACCGGCAGGUAGCUAUCGUCUUCCGCACGCCUCCGUACCGCGACGCUAACCUGACGGAGCCGGUGAAGGUGAAGAUUCAGCUCCGCAGGCCUUCAGACAGAGAGGUCAGCGAGCCCAUGGACUUCCAGUACCUGCCCGCCGACCCGGAUGAACACAGACUGAUGGAGAAGCGCAAGAGAACGGAAGGGAUGCUCCAGAACCUGAAACUGAGCAGCAUCAUCACAGGAUCUUCGGUGCCUGCAGACAGACGGCCGUUCAGCACCGCUAAACGAACACUAGGCCUCUCUAAACCAGUGGCAGCCAGCAGCCUCCCAGCAGUGGCGUCUGCCGCCGCGCCGGUCAAGUCCUCCUCGUUCUUCUCUCCGGCCCCGGGUCAGAUCUUCGCUCCGGCCCCUCAGAGCUCUCUGAAGCUGGACGUGGCGGGCCCCAGCUCGGGCUCCGGGGACAGCUGGAAGUUCCUGCAGAGCCUGACGAUGGACGCUCAGCACAAGGCCCGGUUCCCGAGCGCCCCGCAGGAGUUCCCCACGGUCAACCUGCUGGACCUGCAGGACUUCCCCCUGAGCAGCUUCAUCCCGGCGGAGCCCCCGAGCGGCCCCGAGCCGGGCCCCGGCCCCGCUCCGCCGGACGCCUUCAGCGAUGAGCUGCCCGAGUUCCCCAGCUUCUCGGAGGUGCACGCCUCGGACGUGGACAACAUCAACAUCGAGGACUUCCAGGCGAUGCUGGGUCAGGGAGAGGUCAGGACAGUCGAGGACCCCGCGGGGCCCGGCUCCACCUGGAUGUCCUUCCCUCCCAGCAUCGCCAGCCUCAUCCAGAGCGAGUGCCUGAUAGAGAGCCCGGCCCCCGCGGCCCCGGCCGUCCUGGACGAUCUGGAGGUGCUCAACUCCAUCGACGACGACCGCUUCAUGUCCAUCUUCUCCAGCACCAACCAGGUGGGCUUUCUGUCCGGACACCCCACCUAGAGCCGGGGCCCGGGGCCCUGAUCUCCCUGACCGAAGGGCUUCUGUACAAAGCUUUCUCGUCACGUACCAGCAGCCGAACACACAGUGCCUUACCGCCGGCUCAGCCAAUCACUGCGGAGCAUCCACAGCCUGCGACCAAUGACGCUCCAGAACAGAGCGGUUAUGAAACGACCACAGGUUCACUUUUAAAGCCGCGUCGCACCGUUUUGGUCUCAAUUUAAACAGUAAACCUCUGCAGCCAGAAAUAAAAGAUUUUAAAAAAUAAAUACAUUUUAAGUGUAUUCAGCUGAAGAGACGAAACACAGCUCUUUCUUUUGAAACGUUUUUGUUUUAUGCUGAUAACACAUGAAAGAAUGUGUACUCAUGUCAAUACAUUAUUAAAAUCUUACCGUAAAAAAAACAGUAGGCCAUUAAAAUCAACUCAUGAUGAUUUGGUUUCAAGGAGUUAGACACGCUUUGGUAGCACUACUUCAUCACUGAAGUGCAAUUCAAACAAAAAGACUGAUAUUAAUUCAUGGAUUUAAAAUAGAAACAAUCAUAAAAUUGCGAAGUAGAUGACCUGAGGGCCCAGAAUGUUGAUUUCAGUUAAUUAGAGUAGUAUUGAAGGCCAGGCGCUCCUCACAGAAGGGAAGGACCUGUACAUACUCGCUGUGUGUUCAUCUAGCUCUGUUCUUUCUCGGAGGAGAGGCAGUCGUUCUGUGUUUUGUGGCCUUUCUGCAGCUAAACCUCUCUCGACUCGUCCUGAGCGUUGUACAAACUAAACAUGCUUUUGUACUAUUAUUAUUUGAGCUGUAAUAAAUGCAUUUAUGUCGUACA